AUGAAAUUCCGCUUGCCUCCAGGCACGUUCCCCGAGCUAGAUCUGGCCAAGGAAGACAUGGAUAACAUGGAAAAUGUGGCCGCUAUGAUUGUCGACUCGGCAAUCGAAGACUUUGAGCAGCUCCGACUGGACAACAACGGGUUCGCGCACACGCGGUGGAAGCCCAUCAAGCGCAAGGCCGGCGUUGUCCUAUACGAGGACCGGUCAAUGUGUGAGAGUAUCAAGAGAGAAUCAUCGCUGUCAGAGAUGCCACAGCCGUGCGGGAUCCAUCCACUCAUGGCCCACGGAACCACUAGAGGUGAGCUGAACGAGCUCAUGUUCGGACUACUAAACUCAACUCGAGAGGAGAUGUUGGCCAAGUCGGCGUGCACAGGAGACUACUUGACAGAUUGUGCCGAGCUGGCGUCGAUCAUUUCACCGACACCGAGCAACCCGUUGAGAUCGUUGCAAGUCAAGUGGUCACUCAUAGGCAGAGGACCAAUGUUUGUCAGCGUUGUGAUUCGACCACGGGACUUCGUGUAUCUUGAGUCGACGGGGAUCGCACUCGACAGCCAAGGACAGCACAUUGGAUACAAUCUACGUCAUUCCGUUGAAGUUCCGGGUGUGCGUGAGCUCCACGAUCAUCAAAUCGUGCGCGCGAACAUUUCGUUCUGCAGACUAUUUCGUCAGAAACGUGAAGGCCUCAUCGAAAUUUUCAUGACCGGCUGCGUCGAUGCGAUGGGCUAUCAAUACCCGAUUUACACGAGCGUUGUCAUGAUGCAGAUAGCUGACGCGCUGCUCUCUUUUCAGCGACUUCUAGUCAAUGCAAGGAUGAAGAAGCUGGCCUGGAUGUUGAACAACAUGAGACAAACCAGUGAUUCCGCUAAAAAGCCCACGAAUGCGUGCAGUUCGUGUGGUGGUAACCUGGGCAGUGCGAUCUUAUACGGACGCAGGGAGUGCAAGAUCUGCAGCAAUGUCGUGUGUCCGCAUUGCCGCGUGCCGUUGAAGGUCGCCUGGAAACCUCGCGACGACCCAAACAUGUUCACAGAUGAGAAGAAAACGGCAGUCUUGACGAGGUUUGAGAAGGCCUUAGUGUGUCGCCCCUGUCUCCGGAACGCGGAGCGGACAGACGCUCUGGACGUGGCCAUCGACGAGAUCCGACGCACGUCGCCUCUGCUGGCAGCCGAGUCCGGUCUGGCCGUCACUUCUGCUUCGUCGCUCUUCUCGCUUUAUAACUCGGACCAGUUCGACAACGACUUCUUCUUCCACUCGUAUUAA